AGGUCGCAUAUUCACCUGCAUCUUGGCGAGUGCCAGAGACGCUUGGUUAAAUGCGCAGUUACUGGGUGCAAUAACUAUCACUCGCUGGGUGGAGAGAGCAACCAUGACAAGCAAUACCAGGAAAGUCAUCAGGUAUUGCUGAAAAAUGAAGUGCAGAGCCUCAAGUUUGCGCUAUUUAACAAGGUAAGAAAAUCACCUCUCAUUUGUGCAGUAACCUGCUCAGCAAUAUCCUCCCUCGCAUACGUUCUUAGGGGUUCCUUAAACGUCUCUGCCCCACGAGCCCACGCUAGAGGGCCAGGAACGCGUGAACGUCUGUCUCUAAGAACGUCUGCUUUGGAGGCUAGCGUAGCACUCGGCAUGCGCUUAAAAACAUUAAAUGAGCGCAAGGAAGAUCCGGGCGCGCUAGUAUUAGGUGCCUGGAAGUAUUAUUUAGUAACUAGUAUCGGUAAAUUGUUUGAAUUUUAAGAACUUAGAUAAUAAGUACCAAUAAUUUAUUGGCGGUCACUUACACAAACAAGAACCAUGCAAUGUUCGACAGGGAUGUCACUAAAAAGGGGAACGGGUAGUAAGGAACGAGCACGGGAACGGGGAUAUGGAAAAUAGGAACAAAACCUAACUUGAACCCAGCCCUAACAGUAACUUCAUUUACAGUUUUCUGUUUCGUUCCCAUUUUUCAUUUUUCCCGCUUGUCGUUCCCGGUCACCCGUUUUAUUAACAACAACAAAAAAAAAUUCAGGCUUCUGAAUGUCGGGACGUUUUUUUUCUGAUUUAUCGAUCCGGUUCUUAUUACUUCACUUUUCCUUGUAUUGGACAGGCUGGCGAAAAUAUAGAGAGAAAGGUGCAGAAGAUAAAGAGUUUCAGAUGGACUCUCAAGCUCGCUGACCUCACAGAGGGAAAAGAUCCAGCAAGCCCGUUCUUCUGCUUUGAACGAUGCACGUUUCGAUGCAUCUGGCGGAGAACAUGCACCCCCAAAAAAUUGGAACUGGAACAAGUGAUUUCCUCCAAACCGCUCACUGUCCGAGCAAGGUCGGUGCAUUUUAUGGAGAUACGAUGAGUUAACAUAAUAUAAAAGAGGAGUGACCAAUUCUUGCCCCAAACCUAUCUAAUGCCUCAAUAAUUUUCAGCCUAAUGGAAAGCUGUACAUUUCCUUCCAAACUAUCUAUUCCGUAGAAUAGAAGUUUAGCGAUCAAUACUUUUUCUAUCAACUUGCAUGUCGCUAAUAAGCACCUUGCCUACCGGGGUAAUUGAGCACCUAAAUCCCCAGUUUUUAAUUUAUGCUUAUGAAGUAAUCUGUAAAUGUACACUUGCUAUACCAAUAGUGGUUCUUUAUUUAUUUUUUUUGUUUUAUAUGUUUUCCUCAGAUUCGCACUAAUCAGGGACGGUGAAGUGGAUAAAAUAUUCGAAACUCGUUCACCAGAGAGUAUAUGCGAGGGAAGUUCAUUGAGCACCGAGGCAGACUUCGGUCGCCUCACCGAUGUUCAAGAACUGAUAAUUAAAGUAAUUAUAUUGAUCUACAGCUAUGAAUAA